UACUUCUAUUCUUCUUCAAUUUUAUUCAUUUCCAUUUAUUUAAUUAAUAAAAAUUUUAAAUAUUAUUUAAAUUAAAACUAUGGAAGGUGAAGAUGAAAUUGAGUUUACUUCCACGGAAGAGAUUGAAAAGAUUCAACCUGAAAUGAGUGUGGAAUUGAUUGGAUAUGUUGAUGGGAUCGAGGCAGCGAAAUCUGUGGGUCAAAAUAGUGAAAUUUUCAAAUUCACUCUCAAUAAUGGAGAUGGCAUGCGUAUGCAAAUUGUUGCUUGGAAUGAUGAGAUUUCACGAGUGGCGAAAGAAGUCGUCUUAGAUAAUAUUAUUCAUUUAGAAAAUGCGAAAUCUAAAAAAACUACGCCUUACAAUCACGGUAACUUUACUAAUGCAGAAAUAGUAAUUCAGAAGUACACAAUUGUUGAAAACCUUGGCAAAAUUGAUAAAUCUAAACUUAAACUUGGCUCCGUUAAUCCGAAUAAUGAUAAAUUGAUGAUGAUACCACUUAACAAAUUCACUGACAGUCUUCUACCAAAGAGAUUUCGAACUACUGGUUACUUGAAAAAUAACUUUUCACUGCUGAAUUCAGAGAAUUCAAUACCGCAGAAAGCAUGUUGUUCCAUUACGGACGGCCUAUAUAAAUUAGAUAUUUCUAUUAAUUUUUACAAACCCAGUAAUAUCGAAAGAGGGGAUAAAGUUGUUAUUGCAGGCAGUGCAACCUUUUUGAAUGACACAGUGAAUUUUUUGGUUGAAUCCAUGGUUGACAUCGUAAAAUUACAAGAAGAAAAAAAAUCUUUGAGCUGGCUUUUGAAAGGCAAAAAAUUAAUAAAUUCCGGAGCUCAUGCGAAUAAAAAACAAAAAAUCUAA